GGAUGCAUGGCAUGAUGAUGAUGAGCUGCUAUCGUACUGCGCGUACUGUCAAGAGUUGCAAAGACGGUCAGCAUUGCCGACCUCGUCCUUUGCUUACGACCGUUCCCGCGGCACCACCAAUCCUGUAGAUAGCUCUGAUAUUACGACAAGAUGGCGGCCUUUUUCGGAUUCGGAGGAACUCCGGUAGACGUCGAGAUCAACCUGCACGGCGAGGAAGGACGCAAGCAGAUCGAGCAAAAGGGAGAAAAGGACAAAAAGGAGUUGUGUGCAGUUUACCUGGAUGGAGAGAGCGUAUCUGGUCAGGUCACGGUGAGAGUCAAGGAUGGCAAGAAGCUGCAACACGAUGGCAUUCGGUUAGAACUCGUAGGGAGCAUAGAAAUGUACUAUGACCGGGGCAACCACUACGAAUUCCUCUCGCUGGCGCAAGAGCUGGCGGCUCCGAGCGAGAUGCGUCAAGCUCAGACGUUUGACUUCAACUUCAAGAACGUUGAGAAGCAGUACGAGAGUUAUUCGGGGAUCAACGUCAAGCUGAGAUACUUCCUGCGAUGUACGAUCCACCGACGGCUAGGGGACGUGAUUCAGGAAAAAGACAUCUGGGUGCACAGUUUCAGGAUGCCGCCAGAUUCGAACAUGGCCAUCAAGAUGGAGGUCGGGAUCGAAGACUGCCUGCAUAUCGAGUUCGAGUACAAUAAAGCCAAGUAUCACCUGAAAGACGUGAUCGUGGGCAAGAUCUAUUUCCUGCUAGUACGGAUCAAGAUCGAACAUAUGGAAUUGUCCAUCAUUCGGAGAGAGACGACCGGAUCGGCUCCUAAUAUGCAGAAUGAGAGCGAGACGAUCACAAAGUUUGAGAUUAUGGAUGGAGCGCCUGCGCGGGGGGAGACUAUACCGAUCCGACUGUUCCUCGGCGGCUUCGACUUGACACCGACGUUCCGAGACGUCAACAAGAAGUUUUCCGUCCGAUAUUACCUCAAUCUCGUCCUGAUCGAUUCCGAAAACAGGCGGUACUUCAAAGGUACCGAAUUUACGAUUUUCCGCAUUCCCGAGAACUGAUUUGUAUACCGCAUAAAUGCUGUCUUGAAUUGGAUGUAACGGUUGAUACAUGGGUAUGUAUAGUC